CCUAACUCUUUUAUUUCUGCGGGAAGGUGUGCUCUUCGUAUGAACACAAGUUGAAUUUUUAAGUUGUGUGUUUUUAGGUACCGUACGAAGUAAAGUAGUUCUACCGUUGAAAAUGAUUACCCCCCUUGCAGUAGUAAACUACGUACGUACUUUAUUUAUGGAAUACAAACUACCGUAAUGUACUCUACUGGGAAUUGGGAAGAACAAUACCCAAGUACCGUACGUACGAACCUUUACGUAAUGGAACUUCUCAGUCAAAACUUUUCCACGCUGCAUCCACCUUCUAUUGUGGAGAGGAACAUAGAAUCCGGAAUCCGGAAUUAGUUUGCWCUAAGUACGUUCGAGAUAAUUUUGAGCACCAACCAACUACUUCGUGUCCGCGCGCUUCACAUUAAUCACAUUAAAAACCUCUCGAUCAAUCACCGAGCUCUCAGAUUUUUUGACAGGUCUCUUUCUUGAGAUUUUACUCCGCUGGUUCGAAUGCUACAAACGAAACAACAGCAAAAGUAUCCGSAAAAGUUCCARCCAAGCCAGAGGGGACGGGACAAAACACAUCGUUUUAUAUCACCAUKUCUUUGUCAUCACUUGGCCAGCAACUGGCGGCCAUCAACGCCUCGGGAAACAAUAAUGGGUCGACCCUCGCAUCGUCCCGAAGACACGAGGAUGCGAUCGGAAGAGGUCUUGCGCAUUCCGUGCAGGUGGGUCACGCAUUGCAYAACAAAGCCGAGAAAUACAAGGCGUCUAUCAUCCACGAGGAUGCAAGAAAGGCUUCCGAUGUUCCGCUGGCAACGAUUAGAGAAAAUUGCGUAGAAUCCUUGCGGCACCUCGAAACGGUCGAUCCCAGUUUCGGGGCAUUCGUUGGGAGCCUGUGCAGCGCGGAUACAAAAGAGAGAGGCCUCAUGGUAUCGGCAGAGAACGAUAAGAUUGACAAGCGUAUCGAAGACCUGCUUUUCCGCCUCUCUCUUGUUAUGGGCUACAAGAGCAGCAAGAAUAGCAACCUAGUUUCUUGCCUGAACGUGAUUGAAUACUUGCUCCGAAAGUACGACAUCCAUGUUCGUCCAAAGACCGCUUCUACGAUGAUUUUGUCGAUGAUUCCGCACCACGAAGAGCCUUAUUUUUUGCGAAUUUUGCAGCUCAUUGAUCUCGCCAAUCUUCCAGAGUGGUCCUUUCUUCGACCCUAUGCCAUUCCGGGAGCUAGACUGGGCCGUUCUAUUUUGGCACAACAGGCCUCGAAGGACGUCACUCUGAUUCGGUACCUCGGUCGGCUUUCGCAACGAAAUUCCAAUUUACCCAAUGCCCAACAGAACCUCUCCUUCACUGCUGCUGUUCUGGUCGAAGCUCUGACCUUGCAAACCCAGCGCAAGGGAUCCAUGGAAGAACGCACCUGCCAAGCURUUCUACCCUUCGUAGUUAUGGCCUGCCGCAACGAACUAUACUACAAACGAAUACUCGACAACAAAAUAUCCCCGGAAGAUUGUAGUGGCGAUAUCUGGCAAAAUUGGGGAUACAUCAUGGCGUCGACACUGGCUGAGACAGGUGUCCUGGCACCGGAACCACGAAGCGUAUUAGUAACGAGUGUCUUGCAAGGGUUGGCGCAACAACAAGAUKCAGCAGCCACGAUCACAGAAAGGCAAGGAUUGACCCCAUCGGCCUGGAAAGAUGCACCUAGUAGCUUUUCGAGCGGGAUAAUGGUUGCCUUGUCUAUUUUGGCUCAAGAUCCGCCUAAAAUUGGAAGUGUCAACAAAGAUACCGGGUAUCUCCCUUUGCUAUCUUCUGGCAGUCCUGUUAGAAGCUGUGGGUUUUCCACGAUGGACAAGGAUAUCUUUAAUGCUUUACUAAAACUCGACGAUCCAGACAACAAAAGAGUCAACACUGACAGCAUGAAAYGCAAGAAUAUUAAGAAYAACACCAAGAGCACGGUCGCUGCCUGCAUGGCGAACCUAUAUUUCCGGGAUGGCAUAGUAGAUGUCGAACAAUUGAUCGCUAGUAUACUCGUCAUUGGAUGGAAGCGCUUCGUUAAGUAUCACGCGCAGUCGAAGGAAAAGAAAAGCUCGAAAGCUCGGCUAARCCGUUGCAAGAUACUCAACUURUUUYUCAAUUUGGUGAAACAUUCUCAACUCGAAAARCUAUGGAAGCAAUCGGAUGGACAAUGGGUUGAAUCAUUCACUUCGUUUCUGUUUUUGAACACUCCACUGAAUGUGUUGGAGUCAAUGAAGAAUGGAGCGGAUGCGACCAAAGAUACUUUGUUCAGCGAGAACGAUUACAUGGAAGCAAUGGUGGAAACCUUGAAGAGUCUAGAUAGAGUAGCAUAUGAUAGGGGAGUAACUCAUGCAUUGAUUCGAACAAAGCAUAAGGGAAAUCGCAUGGACCUCGCCAAUUACCUCGGGCUAGCCAAGUCGAGAGACAAGGACGAUGCUACAGAUGGAGACGAUGACAUGGACGUGGAAAAUUCCAUUAGUCUCCCACCUAGGGUGGCAUUAGAACACGCAGAUGUYCAAGUUCGACUUGAAUCGAUACCUGCUUUACUGCAAGAAGCAAAAAAUUCAGAUGAUUUCGUGGAUCCCGAUGACGGAGAGACCAUCCCGCGGGCAUUAUUGCGUCGUUUUUUGAUGGAUGAUAACAARGAAGUAGCUCUUGCCGCUGCUAAAGCUUUAGACGAGUUGCUUCUUUUGAAGAAAGAGCAAAUGGAAAGCGUUAUUGAUUCCGUUGAAAUCGGCGAAGGUGCUGCGGAAGGAUUUUUCAAAUGGUCGCAAGUUCCGUCGGAUGAAAAGGAACAAAAGGAGCAACUCUUAGUUCAUUCUUGUCGGUUUGCUUCUUACGCUGCAAAACAGUUGCAAUCAUCAAAUCAAACGGAUUUGCUAUACGUAAGUCUUCUUGAAGGACUUGGAGCAAUGAUGUUGGAUCCAGUGAAUUCUGUUUCUGUAGAAGCUGCAAGAGGAAUUUUAAAUGUGUUUAAUGAAAACAAAGCGUCGAAGAAACAUGCUGAAGUCAAGAAGCAUGCGAAGUCUCUAUUGAUAUCAAACGAUACCAUUCUUCGGGGGUACCGAAGGAUUUUUCGUGAACGGAAUAGCUCCGAACUGUACAUGCGACGCCAGUUUUCUCGCGUGGUUCUUGACGCCAUUUCCACGGCAGAUUCUUCAGUGUUUAUUUCGAACGAAACACUUGAAUACUGCAUCUGGAUUGUUGAGACGUUUACGAGUGAUUUCAACCCUGACGAAUUCGACGAGCUUACAAAGAGUUUAAAUAUGUUGACGUCACUCCUGAUUAAAACACCGGAGAACCUACAUUCCGCUUUCUGYCGACUCGCUUCUAGCCAAGGACCUGUUUUCCGUGUCGCCAUUGCACCUUUUAUUACUGACGUUUGCAAAAACAUGAAAGAUGCAGAUGGCGGCGAUGUGGCUCCUAUUUCUGUUGUCAUGGAGGUAGUUCUUUCUUCUGAUUCUUUUGAUCAGAUUAGAAACUUGCUGGCGGUUGCAAGAGGGRUGGCUUCACACGACACGACUGGAAUCUUUUAUGCYAUAGCACCUGCACURGCACUUUGCUGUCAUCGUGAGGAAAGGGUUCGGGCGCUCUCUAUUUCUUUUCUUUCUCACCUUGGUAACCUUUUGUCAGAAAGUUCAAAGGGGGAGGGAUGGGAGAUUCUGUCGGUUGUAUGCCAAUAUUUUGCAAAGAACGAAUCAUCAAUGAUACUGAAAGGGGCAUCGUUCCUUCCCGAAUCACUKGCAACAGUUCUAUCACAUUCGGAGAGAAAUAAAGCUCUCUCAAUUCGRAAAUUCCUCCUCCAAGCGAUCUUGUGCUCCGCKUAUGCAUACGGUGCAACUGAUUCCGUAUCUUCAACGAAUUAUGUCGCAARAAGUUGGUUGGACAGCAGAUAUAUUGUUGGUGGGUACAAAACUGCAAACACAYUACUUGAAGCAGCUGAGUAUGCAGGUGAAGCUAGUUUCUCGAUUUCGCGUCGUUGGAAAGAUGCUGGUCAGCCUCUUCUAGCAACUUUUCUCUCCUUGUCCUUUGAUGAAGACGAAGAAAUAUCUCAUCAUCAGUUGCAGCUGAUAAACACCGUGAUAAAAAUGUUACGAGGGGUAACAAUUUCAGCUCCGUCGAGUGGUGAUAUCCCAUCUACGAGUACAAUUAUUACAUCAGGACCUUCAUCGCACGGUAGGAGAGCUAGAUCGUAUUCAUUUGGUAAGAAUGACGGGCUUGGCAUUCUMAAUCCCUAUCCUGCAGACAUGCAAUCUUCGGUUUUGUCUAUUUUGAUGGACAACAGAGAAACUGCUUUGAACAAUGGAAUCCGAAAUAGCCUUUUUGAAAUUGUCCUCUGCAGUCAAACAUGGAGAAACAAAGUCUUCUCUCACCUGAAUAGGAAAGUACGACAGCAAAUAGCUUCUGCUUUGCUCAGUGCUGCUAUGGAAUCUUUGUUUCAUAGUAUCGAUUCAGUUCUCAUGUCUCUACCGCUAGACGCAAACGACAUCGCAAAACUUCUCAGUGAACAAGACUUUGAUGAAGUCGGUCUUUCGAAGAUCACUUUUACCUCAGAUUUCAUCAGUACGAACCACUCAAGACUCGCAAAAAGUUCUGGAAUCAUUGUGCUACUUGGAUCGAUUUUCGAAAAACUUUCUGGUUUUUCAAAGAUUCCUGAAAAUGAUGAGUCAGUCGAAUUCGCAAGACAUGCACUUCUCAAUGCACUAUUAGAACUUAUCACCUCAUUCUUGGAUCUUGGCUCAGCGAACACCGAUCUUGGAAAGAAUAAACAGACAUUGACGUCAUGGCUGAGCAUUUUGGUCAACGUGGUAGUUCAAAAAGGGAAGCAAGRCCAUUGCAUUGUACCUCUUCGAAGCAAACGGAUCGUCUUCUUGAUUUUUGCACGCCUCUGUGAGAAAUAUCCAAACAUUGUUAUCCRCAAAUUCAUACCUAUCAUAACUGGACUUGUUUCAGAGUCACUCUCGGCGGGCGAAGAAAGCACGUUGGUGAACUGCUUUGAUGUCGUUAUACCUGUCUACUUCAGACAUGCAGCAGCCGGGAAUCUGCUGCUCAUUGAUUUGUUCAGAGCUUUUACCAAUAGUGUAUGCGAACAAGAAGAACAUAUCAGGCCUAAAUUUUACAUGGUAUUUAUCCAUGCUCUUUCAAUGAUUUCUCGAAACGACAAUUCAGCAGACUCUCCAGUCGGAUCUUUUCUUUCGGUAAUUCUUGCCAGAGAGAUGUAUUCAAAGUCAGGCACAACUCCUACUCAACGUGUAUUCUCCAACCUUCCUACGCUAGCAAUGCAAGUUCUCUCCCACACAUCAGGUGAUUCAAGAAUCCAAGCUGUAUGGUCCUUGCAAAACUACGCAAAGGAAAUUCUAKUCAAUCUAUUACAAGAAGAAUCGAUGACCACCACAGACUCUCUCUUUGCAGUCGGACACUUAGCUGAGUUGGCUCUCAAGGGCCCGACUAGUAGGGGCUCAAUUUCCUCUGACCUAAACCUUUCCCAACUGUCUCCAUCGACAGAGUUAUUCGAGAAACUGUGUUUACUGUUAAUUAUUGUGACUUGCGAAGUUGUGACCGAUGAAGAAUCGCGAAAGAUUAUUAGACGAACAGAGGGGUCGGAUUCCAAAAUUGUUCUGCGACUCUGGCAAGAUCUGCUUUUGAUUCAAUCCGCAUGUCAUAAUCGUCUUGGUGGAUCAAGUGAAAAUAUCAACGUGAAUUUCUUGGAAAGAAUUGUUGAAAUCACAACUCAAGCUCUAGAUGGUAUACAAAACAGUCUUCCAUCUCAUAUAUUCCUGGCAUUUGUCACAAGUUUAGUAACUGAGGGUGAGACCGAGGAGCUCCGUGCCAGAGCAGUUCAGCUGAUUGCUGAACGCUCAGGAUCGUUGUACCUUGGAAAAUCAGAAACGGUUCUUUUCGUUGACAUGAUUCCUCAUUUACUACAGCUGCUUGGAGAGACUACUGGAAAUUUUUUACAGCAGUCUGUAUUUGCUGCUAUUGAUAGCAUCGGCAGGAAUUCAUGUCUCUCAUCUGACUCAGUUAUAAACGAUCGCAACCUUGAAAUCUUUUCCUCUGCGGUAUUCAAAGCUUCUAGCGUCAUUUCAACGGCAAGUCAAGAAAUAAGCGAAGGAUUGUUUCUGAAUAUUCCGCCAGAAUCAAGGCAACUCGUUAGUAGUGCAGCCCUAUGUGCAUCAACAGCAAUCAAGAUUUGUGGACCGAGAGCUCUUCCUGUACUCCCUAAAUUGAUCAAGCCUUUGCUCAAUUUCCAGUCCGCCGCAACUGCUUUCAUAAAGUCAUCCAUAAGCGGGGAUGAUAGCAUCGACAAAAAGGAACUCAGUCAGGCAAGAUUGAUGCAAUUGGCCAUUUUGCGUACAUUUACUGCAAUCAUAGAUCGAAUGCCCAUGCUUCUUAAACCAUAUUUGGUCGACAUUUUGAAGAGUUUUUCCCAAGUCUCUGAAAGCAUCAAUAUUGAUCAAUCUCAUUCUAUCCAAACGGAAUUGAUCGCCUUACAAAACAUGACGACCUCGCGUAUUCCCGCAAGGCUACUGAUUCCUGCAGCGUCAAAAUCGAUAAUUACUACGCCUAAUCUUGAUUUGAAUCUAUCAACUUUGUCGAUAAUGACAGAUUCCAUCACGAAGUCGAAGAGUUCUCAGGUGUCCGGAAUGGUUAGCAUCAUUAURAAAACGGCCACCUAUGUAUUUGAUCAAGAAACCAAUCAAGAUGGAGACUCCUUGGUCAUGCAGGCGACUGACAAACUUUUGCUGAGUAUUGUGAUGAAGUUAUCAGAAAUACAAUUGCGAUCACUAUAUCGAAAGAUUAGAGAUUGGCGUGGGGACUUCGAUGCAACCAAUCCAGAACAAUCCAGCCAAAGGCGAUCUGCUUUUUGGAGAUUUUCGUCUGCAUUGAGCGAUCAAUUGAAAUCCAUUUAUUUAUCUUGCCUAUCGUCUGUGUUUUCAGACGCAGUCGAUGAACUUGUAAGUCCAUGCCUCUUUCAUCAUUUUUCAUUAAUCUCUCUGCAUGCUCUAACGAUCAAUUUUAUUUGCGAACUAGGAAAUGGCGGCUUACUAUCUAUCGAAGAAAGAUUCGGUAAAGAAAUCUGAUGGAAAGAAACGGCAGAGAAUAUCAAGCAAUGAAGAAAGCAACGGAUUGGAGAUCUCAUCUCUUAAUGCAUUGAAGAGUCUUCUGCUUUGCCUGGAAGUUUCUCUUCGCUCCGAUGCUCACGAGGGCGGUCUUUGGAUUCGGGAAAUGGAGUCACAGCGCUACGACAAGCUUCUUACACCUCUCGGAAAAUUAUUGCAAUGUCGUUUGCCGUGCGAUGCAUCGAAUUGCUCUUUUGAUGCCAUAGUACUUGGUGGAGACAAUCACUCUGGGAGUGUCGUUGAAUGCUUGGUAGCUUUGGCGACUGCUGCAGGCGAUGAACAACUCUGGAAGCCCCUAAACCAUUCUGUUUUACAAGCUUGUUCCGAUGAGAAUAGACCAGAAGUACGCAAGGCUGGGGUUUCCUGUCUCUUAGCUUUGAUCAAUUCCAUCGGAGAAGAAUACAUGGUUCUGAUCCCCGAAUGCCUACCAAUUCUUUCAGAGCUUCUUGAAGACCCAGAUGAGGAUGUUGCAGGCAUUGCUCAGGAGUGCAUUAGCCAAAGUGAAGAAUUGCUCGGUGAGAGUUUGCAAGACAGCUUGCGUUAAUCUUGUCCAAAAUGAAGAUUGGCAUGUUUAGUAUGUCCACGAUGUGAUUUUAGCCCGCACGAUAGCCAAUGUUUGCUUGCCUAAAAUAAAGAAUGACAUGCUGAACAUAUCCAAUGAGUUAUUUAUGGUUUUGCGCAUAUGUUUCCAAUUUUUGGUUAGAUUGCUUAAUAUCUGAAUGUAUUCUAAUGAUUUCUAUUAGCAAUUUUCAGUAAUACCAAGUUGUAAAAUAUAUUUCAUAAUCUCAA